AUGGCCGCCUUAAAAUCAUCGGCAUUACUCUUAAACCCUUCGAUUCGUUCCUCUUACUCGACAGAUUCGAAACAGAAAACCAACAUCCCAAAAUCGAAUACAAUACCCAAAAUAUUCCAUUCAGGACUUCCGACACCGAUUCGUUCCUCUUACUCGACAAAUUCGAAGCAAAAAACUAACAUCUCAAAAUUGAAUACAAUACCCAAAAUACCCCUCUCAAGACUUCUAUCCCCGAUUCGUUCCUCUUACUCCACAAAUUCAGAGCAGAAAACCAACAUCCUGAAAUUAAAUACAGUACCCAAAAUACCCCUUUCCGAACAUCUGACCACCGAAAGGCGGCCAACCAGUCCUUUCACCACCACCACCACCAACAAAACAGUCACCACGAAAAUCGAGACCGGCAAAAAACCCGACCCGACAAUCGUGGCCAAACUCUACGCUAUAAUCGAGGCCAUAGCAGAUCGAGUCGAGAUGCACAGGAACGUGGAGGACCAGCGUAACAACUGGAACACCCUCAUGCUCACCUCCAUCAACUCCCUCACACUCUCCGCCGCCCUCAUCACCGCCGGAGCCGCCACCGGCGGCGGUGGAGCGGCGGCGGCCGCCGCCAUGUACGUGGCAGCAGCCGGGAUGCUUUCAAUCGUGAACAAAAUCCAGCCGUCCCAGCUGGCGGAGGAGCAGAGGAACGCGGCCCGAUUAUUCGAGCAGCUCGGGAAUCGGAUCCGAACCGUUGUCUCGAUGGGAAAUCCUUCGCCGGAAAAUGUGGCGGAGAUGACGGAGAAGGUGAUGGCGCUCGACCGGGCUUACCCGCUGCCAUUGCUAGGCGGGGCCAUGCUGGAGAAAUUUCCGGGUCGGGUCGAGCCCGCGGUGUGGUGGCCGCCGGAAAAGGAGGAGGAGAAAAAGAGGGGAAAAUGGGGUGGUUUGCCGGAGAAGGAGAAGAACGGGUGGGACGGGAGACGUGAGUUUGACUCGUUUAAUAAACAAGCCGAGCUCAAGAUCGGGCUCGUUUAG